CGGCGGGCGGUCGCGCGUCUCUGGCGGACACGCUACCCGCAGCAGCAGCAGCAGCUCCGACCGCGCGUGAGAGGCAGCCAUGCCGAGCACCAGCCUCCUGGGAAGCCGCCGGCCAGCCGGGGUCACUGGCACCCAUCGGGGUCAGUGCGCCGCUUGCGCGAUGCUCGUCCUCGUGCUCAUGGUCUCUGCCGCACGGGCAGCCCCGACCACGCCGCAGCCUGCCUCUACGGACAGCGUGAACGUGACGGCAGUGGCGACUGCAGUGGUGACCACCGAAGUCAACAGCACCGGCGGCGGCGGCGGAGCCGAGACGGGCUUCUCGUGCGAGGGGCGCAUUUUCGGCUACUACGGGGACCCGGGAAACUGCUCGCUGUUCCACUACUGCGAGCCGUUCGCCGACCCGGAGAACAACCAGUUCGUGCUGCACGCCGCCUACCUGUGCCCCAACGACACCGUGUUCAACCAGCUGAGCCUGACGUGCGCCUACGCUCACGAAGCGCUGCCGUGCCGCCGCGCGCCCGAGUACUACUACAUCAACUCGCACGUGGUGCCCGCAGACAGCAGCCAGGACAGCGCACAGGGCUCUACGACUGACUCGGGAGGCAGCUCGACGGCGGCACCGGAAGGAACGACGACGACGACCACGACCGGGGCGCCCCCUGCGGACCAGGUGGCCACAUCGUAGGACACGGCCGAGUGCCGGGGCGGCAUUGCGGGGCCGCCGCCUCGGCUGUACAUACCCUCCGCUGCGAUUCUUGCGACCGCUUUUUGUACCGCUCCACUUCGUUGCUGCACCGAGAGGCCGGCCACCACCAUCCGCCGGCACCCAUCCAACUUCUCCGCAUGGAAGCCCGGCGGCCGACGUUCAACACGGCGUUGUACGGCGCUGCCCUGCGACAUGAAGCAUUAUUAAACCAAAACAUUCCAGCCACCAUCCUGUCGUUCGCUCCUUUCACCGCGUAUCGCGAUGACCCGUCAGCAGCGUCGCGCUGCUAACCGCGCGGUAGCGUGUUCCGAACGCGACCACCUCGACUGCAUUUCAAUAAAAUCAGCACACGAACAGGCA